CCACCACCCGCUUUCCCCCACUUCGUCGACCGGCUCGACUUUCUGUACUGCUCGCUUUCUUCUUCUAGCUCUUCUGUAUACUAGCAGCCCGCUUGCUCGACGCACGUCCCUUGCCACUGCCAGUUCCCGGAGAACGCACCAGCACUUCAGUUUCCACGCACACGUCUUUCUUUGAGCAACACACGACAAGAUGGCAGCGCCAUACGCACCGCAGCAGCAGUGGACCCCGAUCCAGAACAUUGCCCUGCGCCUGCCGAUCAACCAACGCCCGACGGAGACCGUUCCGUAUGAUCUCCAGAGAUACUACUCGCGGGACGUCUGGGUUGCGCGGCAGCGCGCCGUACUCACCAAGGGCGCCCGCUACCUGAAGCCCCGCUUCGAAAUAAUCUUCACUCUCUUCAUGCUCCUCGCCUCCUUUGCGGUCCCGAUCGUCGUGUACUAUCUCGUGCUGAACUCGCUGCCGCGCACAACGGAGACCUUCAACGACCACGGCCGCAACUUCUCCGUCGACGAGCAGCAGUACUGGCAGGCGCGCGCGGCGAGCAUCGGCGCGCUCCUCGGUAUCGUCUUCCUCGGCUGGGCCCCCUUCUUCCUCUGGAAGGCCCAUGGUAAGCGUCAAGUCAACACGAUGCUUCGCAAGUUCAGCGCGGAGGACGCGGCGAUGGCGGGUCAGAGCGCUGCACAGGUGCCGGAAUGGACGAUGAAGAUGCCUGGCAUCGGAAGCAAGGCCAUCCAUCUGUUCAUUUCGUACCCGCGCCCGAUCAUGGCUACCGCAUACGCGCCGGGUCAGCUUCCUCCGUACUUCGUGAACCCGCCGAUGGACCAGCAGUACAUCCCGUACAUGGCACCCGGGCAUGCGCAGGGCCAGCCCCACCACGCGCCCGUGGACAACAUGCAGGGCGUGCCGCUGUACAACGACAGCGACGAGAAGAUCCCGGAUUACUCCGGCCCGACGUCCGACGCGUACCUCCCGCACGAGAAGGAGCGUUUCGAGGACGUGAAGGUCUGAGGCCGACACGGACGCGGCGCUCGUGUUUCCGUGACAUGAUGUCAAAAAGGUGGCGGCAGACACGCAGGGUUUGGUUGGACAUUUGACGCGUACGUGUACUGCGGCGCUCCCCCUGUGCGGUCGGGCUGCCAUCUUGUUUCCUGCUCUUGUGCUUGCUGGUCUGUGUGCUUUCGACAAGUGGACUUCACCUUCUAUUGUUGCUUCGAUGUAUCGAUUAUCUUGAAUGCAACCGCGUGGGCGUAGCGGGAC